AUGACGCGACAAAAUGCCCUGUUAUCAAUUGAAGACGUGACUAACAAGAAACAAGAUGCCACAUUCCUUUCCGAGAUAGUCCUGGAGGAUCUGCGAGAUUUCCAAAUUCCAUUUGAGAAAUUGUUCUCCGCUGAUCAGAUCACGAUUUUCGAAUAUAUGUAUGCCCUGAAUAUCUUGCAGAAGGGCUUUGAAAGCAGCCAUCAAUACCGCACCGAGACGCUAACCGACCAGAUGGUCAAUGGUGAGCCGGCCUUGAAGGAGCUUGCGGAAGAGGAUGAAGACUAUCUGCUC